AUGUUCCUCGUUGUCAUCUCGUCCGUCCCGCCCUCUGCCUUCUGCACUUCAGCUCUCCCUGCGUGUGCGCUGCUCUCGCUCCCCAAUUCUCUAUCACCUUCUCGUGGCGACGGCGCUGAUUCUGGCGGGCGUGGAGGAUGGAUGCACCACUGGCAGCACAAAGCCCACCCUGCCUGUCGCCACACCCAGGGCCGUGAGUUUAACCCACCCCUGCCCCGUCUCCACCCCUCACCACACCAGGUGGCAACAGCGCUGAUUCUGGCGGGUGUGGAGGACGCAGCGCUGGCAGCACAGGCGAGGGAGAUCCUGGUGGUGAUGGGCACGUACUUCCAGGUGCAGGACGACGUGCUCGACUGCUUUGGUGACCCCGCUGUGAUAGGCAAGGUGGGAACGGACAUAGAGGACACCAAGUGCUCGUGGCUCGUGGUGCAGGCGCUGCAGCGGGCCACACAGGAGCAGAGGGAGAUCAUUGAGAGCAACUACGGCAAGAAGGACGAGAAGUGUGUGGCGGUCAUAAAGCAGCUGUACACAGACAUGAAGCUGCAGGAUGCAUUCGCAGAGUAUGAGAAGGAGAGCCACGCAAGCAUCACAGCCGCCAUCGCCCAAGUGGAGAGUGAACCGCUGAGGGAGGCAUUGACGUCCUUCCUCAAGAAGAUCUACAAGCGCCAGAAGUAG